AUGAAAGUCCUUGUGAGUAACACAAAGUUCUUGCUCAUUGUGCUUGUGGCUGCUGCAUCCGCUGCCCCACAAGGAUACAACUUGCCUACGCCAUCCGGUCCAUCCUUUAACGCCGGUGGUUGUGGAAGUGGGCAAGUGCGACACGUGGAUGGCAGCUGCGUCACACCUCAAGUGAACAGUCGUGUGUUCUUGUAUGAUGUGCCACCAAAUCAAGCUUCUUCCACUCGGCCAGCGAACGUUCCAAAACCUAAACUCGAACGAAAUAUUGUUUUCGUCAGACUUCCUGAAGGUAGUCAAGGACCAAAACCUAUCGUCGUUCCUCCUCCGAAGCAACAACACGUCUUCUUCGUGCUUAACAAGGAGUCGGAACAAGGUCAACAAGUGAUCGAGGUGCCAGCGCAACCACCAGCAGAUCCCGAAGUGUUCUUCGUGAAUUACGUAGAAGGAGAGAACCCAACUCUUCCUGGAGGAGUAGACCUCCAAACUGCGCUUGGUGCUGCUUCUCAAGGUGGCGGUCAAGUUGUGGGAGGUGGUGGCAAUGGAGGAGCCGGAGGCGGCAUUGGAGGUGGUAUCGGAGGCGGCAGUGGAGGUGGAUCUGUUACAAAACGUAUCAAGACGAGAUUCCAAUGCACAAGAUAG